AUGAACCAAGCUACUAUUGAUGGACGUACAACACAACUAAGAAAACCUUACUGGCUCCAUUCAAAUAAUGGUUACAAUCUUGGUGAUUCAUUUCAUCAGAAUCCUGAACGAAAACGACAAGCUGGUUGGGGUAAACGAAAUUAUUUUACAGCCGAAGAUGAUAAUGAUGAUAUUCUACUUCAUCAUAUAUAUGGUUCACAUGGUGAUUUGGCUCAUAACUGGUUUGAUGAUCAAUGA